AGUAGUUUGUUGAUGAUUGGAUUCGCAAUGUUGCAUGAUUUGUGAAAGGUUUAUAGAUGGUAGGUAAGUUUGGUUACCAAAUCGGUUACUAAAUGAUAUAAAGGAAGAAGGGAGAAGGGAGAAGGAAGGAGGGAGAAGGGAGAAGAGAGAAGAGAGAAGGGAGAAAAAAACAGUAAAUUGUUCGGGUUUGAGACCAAGAGUCGAAACGAAAGCCACUGUAUCAUUUGUGAUGUCUUUUUGGUAAUCGAACGACAUGCAAAGAAGCUAAAUGGGAAAGUGUCUUCUUCCUUAAAACGUGGCGCAUCCUACUCUUUCGUUCUUCUCUUCUCUCCAUUUCUUCUUUCACCCCUUUUUCUCUUCCUCUGUUUUUCUCUGUCGUUUUUCCUUUUUCUCUUCUUUUUGCUCAUCAAUCACUUUCUUUCCUCAUGUUUUCUGUGAUUCUACACGGUUUUUGAUCCAUUCCGGUGUUCCUCUUUUCUGGGUUUAGCCAAAGAUCUCUCUCUCUCUCUCUCUCUCUCUCUCUCUCUCUCUCUCUCUCUCUCUCUCUCUUUGUGUUUUUGUCGUUUCAGCUGGAGUUCUACACCUCUCUGUAACUGGGAAAUCUUUGAGUUAUAACCGUCUCUAUGAACCCAAGAUAAGAGGUAUUGCUGCCUAUGAAGCCACUUAAAUCAUGGGACAUGCUGCUCAGAAAAAGGAAUCUAUUUUCUGAUGGGGGAAAAUACGGCUUCAAAAUGAAGCAGCUUCCUUUUAUGGCUGUUAUUUGUUCUGUCAUGCUGUUCAUUGUAUACAGAACUACAAAUUACCAAUAUCUUCAGACUAAGAUUGAAACAACCUUGCUACCCUUUGACACUACAAAGGAAUUCCCAGAGGAGUCUCUAAACCUGAAUGGUUUGCCACGAGGCAUAGUAGAAGCUAGAUCAGAUUUGGAGUUGAGACCUCUUUGGGGAACUAGUAGUUCAAGGUUAAAGGGUCAUGAUUACAGCAACCGUAAUUUGCUUGCAAUUCCAGUUGGCAUCAAACAAAAGAAAAAUGUUAAUUCUAUUGUACAGAAAUUUAUUCCAGCGAACUUUACUAUUAUUCUCUUUCAUUAUGACGGCAAUGUGGAUGGAUGGUGGGAUCUUGACUGGUGUAAUGAUGCCAUACACAUAGCAGUCCGAAACCAAACAAAGUGGUGGUAUGCAAAGCGCUUUUUGCAACCAGCAGUCGUGUCCAUUUAUGAUUACAUAUUUCUUUGGGAUGAAGAUUUGGGGGUUGAACAUUUUAGCCCAAGAAGAUACCUCGAAAUUGUGAAAUCUGAAGGAUUAGAAAUAUCUCAGCCUGCUUUGGACCCAAAUUCGACUGAUAUUCAUCAUAGAAUUACUAUUCGUGCGCGAACAAAGAAGAUACAUAGAAGAGUUUAUGAUCUCAGAGGCAAUGUGAAAUGUUCUGACGAAAGUGAGGAGCCACCUUGCACUGGGUUUGUGGAAGGUAUGGCCCCUGUAUUCUCGAAAUCCGCUUGGCAUUGUACUUGGCAUCUUAUACAGAAUGAUCUUGUCCAUGGAUGGGGAAUGGAUAUGAAACUUGGGUACUGUGCACAGGGUGAUCGGACCAAGAAUGUUGGAGUAAUUGACAGUCAAUAUAUUGUUCACAAGGGAAUACAGACUUUGGGUGGAGGUGGAACAAAGUCUAAGCCUUCAAAAGCUGCAGGAUAUGCAAAGAAACAUAGCCCGAUACCCGGUGAUGUUCGAACAGAGAUAAGGAGGCAAUCAACAUGGGAACUUCAAAUCUUCAAAGAGCGAUGGAACAAAGCGGUAGCAGAGGACAAGAGUUGGGUUGAUCCAUUCAAACCAAAUUCAUUAAAAAGUGACGAAAGACGGAGGAAACGAAAACGCCGCCACCAUUAAUAUUCAACGAGCAAGCAUCCUAGCUGAGCUUGAACUAGACGGGGGUGGUUCUUCCUCUCGACACAUAUAUUAUCGUUGCCAUACUGCAAUAGGCCAUCCUAAUCUUUUUUUUCCAUUAUUUGAGUUAUCAAUUUUGUCUCCACAGAUGGGUUUUCUUUUGUAUGUAGCAGAGUAGUUUCCUCCCCCAGAGCAGAAGGAAGAAAGAAAUGAUAAAAAAAAAAAAAAAAGAAAAAAAAACGAAAGAGAAAAAUGUAACUAUUGGUAUAGUUGUACUGGUCCCUAAUGCACUUGUGAGAAUAUGAUUAAAUCCUUGGGCAUAGUGAGCAAAAUUUUUACAUAAUAUAUAGGAUGAAAUGGCAUCUUUCUCA